UGUUGGGUGUAGGAUCACAUUCCUCUGAUGUUCAAAGGACGACGCGAUGCUUCUCAUCAACAAAAUGACAAACAAGUGGUCCUGCCGACAUGCACUCGCUCAACUAAGACCUGUACGCUCAAGGGCACAGGCGCAAAUCCAGCUUCUCAAGGUCUUCCCUGUAUUGUUUACCAUUUUCCAAAGAUGUUGUGGCUUUUGUUUUACCCUGACCUGGCUCGUCACCAGCUCAAAGAGCCUAUAAAGAGAAAGCUCACACAGCUUUCAUCAUUUUACACUGGUUGGGCUUGAGGAGCUACGUCGACAUCGUUUCAUACCCUCCGUCUUAUGGAUUCGAUUUCUUCCUGUGGUGGGACCAUGUCUACUGUGGAUAUGGAUGAUGUGGUGACAGACCUGGUGUCCAUUUCCUUAAAUGCCACAGCACACCUGUCACCUGGCAUCCCGAUAGCAACAAGAACCCUCAUUCUUCUCGUUUGUCUGCUGGUGGUGGCUUGGAGUCACACGGAGAAAAACACGGUUCCAGGCCCUUCGUUCUGCCUGGGUUUUGGUCCACAUUUAUCAUACUUGAGAUUUAUCUGGACUGGGAUUGGCACAGCCAGCAACUACUAUAACAAGAAGUACGGAGACAUUGUCAGAGUUUGGCUCAACGGAGAGGAGACCCUUAUACUCAGCAGGGCCUCAGCAGUUAAUCAUGUUCUGAAGAAUGGAAAGUACACCUCCCGUUUUGGGAGCAAACCAGGACUCAGCUGCCUCGGCAUGAAUGAAAGAGGCAUCAUCUUCAACAACAACGUAGCCCUGUGGAAAAAGAUACGCACCUAUUUUGCCAAAGCCCUGACAGGUCCCAAUCUGCAGCAGACAGUGGAGGUUUGCGUGUCCUCCACGCAGUCCCACCUGGACAACCUGGACAGCUUGGCUCAUGUGGACGUCCUCAGUUUGCUGCGCUGCACUGUGGUUGACAUCUCCAACAGGCUCUUCCUGGAUGUCCCGCUCAAUGAGAAAGAGCUGCUGCUGAAGAUUCACAGGUAUUUCGAAACGUGGCAGACGGUGCUGAUCAAACCUGACAUCUACUUCAAGUUUGGCUGGAUUCACCAAAGACACAAGACAGCAGCCCAGGAGCUUCAGGAUGCCAUAGAAAGCCUCGUGGAACAAAAGAGGAGGGAAAUGGAGCAGGCAGAUAAGCUGGACAUCAACUUCACGGCAGACCUCAUAUUUGCACAAAACCACGGAGAGCUGUCGGCUGAGAACGUGAGGCAAUGCGUGCUGGAGAUGGUGAUCGCUGCUCCGGACACUUUGUCCAUCAGCCUCUUCUUCAUGCUGCUGCUCCUCAAACAGACUCCCCACGUGGAGCUGCAGCUGCUGCAGGAGAUAGACACCGUCAUAGGCGACAGACAGAUGCAGAAUGGGGACCUUCAGAAGCUGCAGGUGCUGGAGAGUUUCAUCAACGAGUGCCUGCGCUUCCACCCGGUGGUGGACUUCACCAUGCGGCGAGCCCUGUCGGAUGACGUCAUCGAAGGUUACCGGGUGCCAAAGGGCACAAAUAUCAUCCUGAACACGGGCCGCAUGCACCGGACAGAGUUCUUCCACAAGGCGGACGAAUUUAGUCUGGAGAACUUCCAGAAAAAUACUCCCCGCCGUUACUUCCAGCCAUUCGGCUCGGGCCCUCGCGCCUGCGUUGGCAAGCACAUCGCCAUGGUGAUGAUGAAAUCCAUCCUGGCGACUCUGCUCUCGCAGUACUCCGUCUGCCCCCACGAGGGCCUGACCCUGGACUGCCUCCCACAGACCAACAACCUUUCCCAGCAGCCCGUGGAGCAUCAGGAGGAGGCCGAGCAGCUCAGCAUGAGAUUCUUACCCCGACAGAGAGGAAGCUGGCAAACGCCUUAGACGCACCAACAAUGUUCACAUAAUGUUGUAUGGAUACGCCCUCCAUCACUACAUCUGUUUAUUGUCUUGUGAUUGUACAAAGCACUGCUGUUUCAUUUUACGAGUCAUAUAUUUUGUGUUUAUACUCAUGUUGUUAUGAACUAUGUACAAUGUAAGUGUCUA